AUGGCCUAUUGUCUCGACGACCCACCAGAGAUUUUCAGAGGCGAACCAUUUACAGAUAGAAAGAGUAAAUUCCAAGCUUACUGCGCUGUAUGCAAUAAUGUUCAAGAUGUUUGUCUUUUCAGAGAUACUUUAUUAGAUGAACCAAAGAUUGGCGAAGCAACACAUAACAUUCUUGCAUGGAUUACACCCGAAGAUUCUGGUUACGAUGAUGACGGCGAAACACAUGCAGGAAUUCAGAUUUUACAAAUGCUUGAAACAAAUGGCGCUAAAAACGUAGCUGUCAUGGUUUCGAGAUGGUUCGGAGGUGUAUUAUUACAUGGAGAUAGAUUCAGAGAUAUUACUGGUGCCGCAAUGAAAGUUCUCAGAGAUAACAACUUAAUUCCUGAUAAAAACGCUAAAGGAUCUACAGAUGCUGCAUCAGAAGAGAAGAAUGAAGGCAAAAAAGGAAAAAGAAAGAAAUAA